CGCUCGUGCUCAUCUCACGCGAGCCAGCCUCGUCAGCUCAGGGGCGCGUGCCACAUCCGAAGCGGAGAGGGACAGCUCCCAGGUGCUGAAGCUGCUCGGCGCUCCAGAGAGAGAAAAACGAGACACAGAGAGGGGGGAAGGAAACACCACCGCCUGCAUUAGACACUAAUAUUAUAAAAACCCGUAUUCUGCAAUAACAGGGGCAGACACAGAUAGAGACCGAGGCCUUCAAAACAGAUGGCUGCCACUCAGGAUGUGAAAGGGAAGGGGGAGGGAGGGGACCAAAACUUCGACUACAUGUUCAAGCUGCUGAUCAUCGGCAACAGCAGCGUGGGCAAAACGUCCUUCCUGUUCCGCUACGCCGACGACGCCUUCACCUCGGCCUUCGUCAGCACAGUGGGCAUCGACUUCAAAGUAAAGACGGUGUACAAGAACGACAAGAGGAUCAAGCUGCAGAUCUGGGACACAGCAGGCCAGGAGCGCUACAGGACCAUCACCACUGCCUACUACCGCGGGGCCAUGGGCUUCAUCCUAAUGUACGACAUCACCAACGAGGAGUCCUUUGGCGCUGUGCAGGACUGGUCAACCCAAAUUAAAACCUACUCGUGGGAUAAUGCACAGGUGGUGCUGGCUGGCAAUAAGUGUGAUAUGGAAGAGGAGAGAGUGGUCUCAGUGGACAGUGGCAGACUGCUGGCGGAACAGUUGGGUUUUGAAUUCUUUGAGACCAGCGCCAAGGAUAACAUCAACGUGAAGCAGACCUUUGAACGUCUCGUCGACCUAAUUUGCGACAAGAUGUCCGAGAGCUUGGACACAGAUCCGGCCAUCACCACGGGAGCCCCCACUGCCAAACUCACGGACAGCGCUCCGCCCCUCCAGCAGCCUGGAUGCAACUGUUAGUGACUGAUGUCAGGAAGCAAAGGGAGGGCGGCGCAGGUCCCGUAAGGUGGUAGAGUGUGCAGAGUUUUGUUCUCCCUUAUCACUCCUGCUAGUGCUGCUUCCUCUGGACUACAGUUCAAACCCUGUUUAGUAGUAGAAUUACAAAAUGCCGUCGUAUUAUCUCUCAACUUUAUCACCUUAUAUCAAGAGCAAAUAACCAGACAAGCAGACAUGGCUAUUGUAUGAUGUGUAACACUACAGGAUAUCUAGAAUAUAGAGACACCAUAUUCUCAUGUUUCAGCUAGUUAGUAUGGUCAUAAACCAAGAUAAGGCUGGAAAUAGUCCAUAGUCAUGAUGUACAGUUAACCCUUAAGACCUUUAAAAAUCUUUAAGACCUAGAAUAAUUAUAAAAUGAGGGAUAGAGUCAGUGAGUGCUUUAUUUUUUAUUUUUUGUACAGUAUGUAUUUUCCUUUUAUAGGAUUAUUUGGUCUCCUAAAGCUGCCAAAUCUAUGAUUUAGUGCACUAUAGGAUGUAGCGGCUUUUCUUUUUUUUUGUUGUAAUGAGUGUGUGGCUGUUGUGUGACUGUACAGUAAGUGCGAGUGGGGUUGCAUGAGUGUGAGUUACAGAUGAGUGCAACUUUGUCAUCUAAAAAAAAUCAUCUACCUUGGAUAAAAAAGUGGCCUUUUAGCAUCUCCAACACGGCCUCUGUAAGUUCCUCUGUCAUGCUUACUUUUGGAAUGAAUCCAGUAUGUAUAAUGUUGAUGUGAUUCCACGUUUUUGGUGUCUGUAGAUGUGCGAUUUCUCUGAUAAGUAUAUCUGUAAAUCUUAAAAGCAACUAUUUCUCUGUGCUUAGCCUCUAAGAUGACCCUUUAUAGUUUGAUGCGAUGAGCAUGCUGCCAAAAAGAGUCAAUCAUAUGUGCUUUUUUUAAUCUAAAGAUAGAUCCUAAACGUCCUUAACUCCAUAUGAUAGCAGUGAUCCAGCAUUUCAUUAAAUGAACAUCAAACACUGACAAGGCACAGUACAGUGUAUGAUACACAACCUGAUCAGCUCUGGCAUGGAAUAAACAGCCAUAUAUAUAAAAAAUAUUGUUUAAUUCAGCAUGCGAAAAUUUCAUGUUUGUGCGAUUAAAUUAAGUCCAUAUUGAAAGAAAAAUCUUAGUAAGCUGCUUAGAAGACAUUAUAGACAUACAGUAGUUUAAAAUGGGAAUGCAGAUAUGGAAGCAAAUAAAAGACAUACGUAUUUGAGUCACUGAAAACUUGAAAACGUGAAUUGAUAGCAUUGAAAUAUCUUUGGUUUGAAAAACAUGUAUCUGAAUUUAUUUGUCCCUUAAUUCCCCUUUUUGGGAUUAAAAUGUAAAAAAGUCUUGAUUUGUGAUUUUGAAAACCAAAUUUGGUUUAUUUUUCAAUGUUCACUAAUUCAGACUCAAAAAUUCAAGUUUCAGAAUUUCAGAAUUUGACUGGUCAAAUUCAGGUCCAAAAAAUUGAAGUUUCAGAUUUGCAGAUUUCAGAAUUUGACUGGUCAAAUUCAGACUCAAAAAUUCAAGUUUGAGAAUUUCAUUUCAGAAUUUGACUGAGCAAAUUCAGAUCCAAAAAUUCAAGUUGAAAAAUUUCCAUAGCAAAUUUGGGGUACCUUGGUCAGGAGGUAUUUGGUCAGCCUUCAAACCAAUGUAAAUUCAGCUUUUGAAAUUUUAAAUCAAUUAAUUUUAUAUUUCAGUUUUAAACAGAUUAAUUACAUGGUUUUUAAAGUAAAGAAUUUAAAUGCUAUAAAUUUAUGUUUUUUUUAAUUUCAAAAUUAAGUAUUUACUUGCUGUUAAAAUUCAGAUACUUGUGUCUCUUAUUUGUUUCUGUAUGCAAACAUUAACAGUGCUGUAGUGGUCUUAAUGAUAACUUAAGUCCAUGUAGUAUAAAAGUUGUAGCUUAUUUUCAAAAUAAAAUCCAGAAAGCCUUUCAGUUCUGCAACCCAUAGAGAAAAAGUGUGCCAAAACAUUACAGUUCCUUUAGCAUCGUCAGUUGUUUGUUGCAUAGUUGAAUAAAAACCUCCAGAAAAUUGCAUGAAGCCAGUCCUGACUUAUCUAUGUAGAUUUAUAUAAUAAGAUAGUGUAUAUAUAGCACUCUGUGUUACAGAUUUAGAAGCAUUGUCAUAGCACUCGCUGUGAGAUGCAAUGGGCCAAUAAGUGCAAUAUUUUAUGAAUGAAACCCUGUACAUAGUUUCUCCUGUCCUCGAGUACUACGACUCUAUCUGCAGUAUGUGAGUGAAUGUUUGGCUCUGAAACUGAUGUACAAUCUCCAACAACAAAAAAGAAAGAAAAGAAAAGUGAGAACGUGCUUCAUUCAGUAACUGCAGCCACUGAAUGUGUGACUCGGUGUGUGUAAAUGUGUGUGUACCUGCCAUACUGAACAGACAAAUAAUAUAGUGUAUUGUUUGUGUAUACCUUUUGUACAAAUGUAUCCACGUACUCUAUGCUGUUCCUGCUAACUGUGUUGGGUGUUGAUUGAUCGUGUAUUAUCAUGUCAAAAUGCAGUGUUAUUGUGAAAGAUAGUCAGGGAGGUAACUUAGUCCAUGCCAUAAUAUGCCAUACUGUUGUAAUUCCAAGAAGAAGGGAUACACAUUAACUAGUUCAGAGACCCUGCGCAUAUGUGUGUACACGUGCUUUGUGCGUGUGCAUCUGUGUACGUGUGUGUGAUAUUAUAAUUUUAUGCUAAUAGCCAUGAAAUAAAUUAUUGUACUGAU